GGCUCAGGGCCGCGUUCCGCGCCAUGGGGACAUGGCAGCGUCUGUUGCUUUGUGGUGGGGUGUCGUUCCGAGGUGGUGGCGGGAUUCCUGUCCCGCUUGGGGGAAGCCGAUCAUUGGUGGUGUGUCGGCGCCAGUUAUCUGGCGCUGACAGUGAGAUCCUAAAACAAAGAAGAACACAAAUCAUGUCGCGAGGACUUCCAAAACAGAAACCGAUAGAAGGUGUUAAACAAGUUAUAGUUGUGGCUUCUGGGAAGGGUGGAGUUGGAAAAUCUACUACAGCAGUGAACCUUGCACUUGCACUAGCAGCGAAUGAUUCGUCAAAGGCCAUUGGUUUGUUAGAUGUAGAUGUGUAUGGUCCUUCAAUUCCAAAAAUGAUGAAUCUGAAAGGAAAUCCAGAAUUAUCACAAAACAACCUAAUGAGGCCUCUUUUGAAUUACGGUAUUGCUUGUAUGUCUAUGGGCUUCCUGGUUGAAGAUACUACACCAGUAGUUUGGAGAGGCCUUAUGGUAAUGUCAGCCGUUGAGAAACUUUUGAGGCAGGUAGAUUGGGGUCAACUGGAUUAUUUAGUUGUUGAUAUGCCACCGGGGACAGGAGAUGUGCAGUUAUCUGUUUCACAGAAUAUUCCCAUUUCAGGUGCUGUGAUUGUCUCCACACCCCAGGACAUUGCAUUGAUGGAUGCACACAAGGGUGCUGAGAUGUUUCGAAAAGUUCAUGUGCCGGUUCUUGGUCUUGUCCAAAACAUGAGUGUUUUCCAAUGUCCAAAGUGUAAACACAAAACUCAUAUUUUUGGUGCUGAUGGUGCAAGGAAGUUAGCACAGACCCUUGAUCUGGAUGUUCUAGGAGACAUCCCCUUACACCCUAGUAUAAGGGAGACUUCAGAUACUGGCCAGCCAGUUGUGUUUUCACAGCCUGACAGUGAUGAGGCCAAAGCUUACCUGAGGAUUGCUACGGAAGUGGUCAGACGAUUGCCACCACCUCCAGAAUGAUUCCCCAUGUCCCCUGGAAAUUGUCCUCAUACUUGAUCAUAGGAGACUUUGAAAAUGAGUGCUGUGGUGAAAGAACCUGCAGAAAUAAUAGCAAUCAUGAUUGUUUUAACUCUAAGGAAACAAAGUCUUGUUUUAGAUUCAAUAGCAAAUAAAGCUGUAAAGAAAUAAAGCUAUGACCCACAAAUAAAAUUUUCAUAUAUCAAUGCUAAUUUCUAUACUUAGGAUUUUUUUUUUUUUUUUUUGGUGUCAGCUGCAUGAAACUGUAUUUUAUUUUAUUGAACUACCUCUUGAGGAAUCAUGAGUUACAGUCCCACUAUGGGGGAGAACUACAUUCUUUCAGGACAAUGGAGUUAAUCAUUUAAAGGAAGUACUAAAUUUGUACAUGGACAUAAAUGUAACACCUCCCCUCCAGGCAAUUUGGUCUGGGUUUGAAUACUGUCUUUAGUAUUAUCUUGGACAUGUUGUUAAUAAAGUUGAGCCUCUGCUUGUUCAUCAAGACCAGACUCUUAGCUCAGACUUCAUGAAUCUCCAUCUUCAGAAAUAGUGUUUGGGAUGUGUAUUAUUAAAAUUUGAAUUUGUGAUGGCAGUAGUAAUUAUAAAUAAUAAUAUUUAUCAAGUACUUUCUAUGUGUCUUCACAUUCUUCCAUUCAUAUGAGUGGAAUACUGUUCAUUUUACAGAUGAAGAAGCGGAGGUAUAGGAAGGUUAAGUGUCUUGCCAAGGGUUACUAUUUCUAGUGAUGAAGUUAGGAUGUGAACUUGAGUAGUUGGCUGCUGGAUUCCUCCUUUUGUACACCAGUGUGCCUUUGUUAAUGUCAAGAGAGAUAUAUUCUUCACCGUGGCCAUCAAC